UUUUAUAAUUAGCAAAGCGCCGGUAGAGCGAUUGAGGUUUUGUGUUGUUUUGUAUUGGUAUUUAUCAAAGAAUUAAUAAAAUUGCGAAACUACAAUGGAGGAUGAACAAACUGCUAUCUUUGGAAUUGUUGAUCCUCUAAGCACCCGCUUUGGCAACACAUUGGCGGGCAAAUUUGUGCGAGGCAAUAAAAUUGCCGUCCAUCCUUUUCGACCCAUCACAUCCAGCACACGCGAUAAUCCCACUGAAUAUGCAGGCAAAGAUCCUGUGCAUAUUCAAAUGCUACAACCCGAAUUCAUAUUCGAUGAUCCCAUACUGAGAAGUCUCAUAGCCGAAGCGAAUGCCACCUUUGUCACCCUACAGGCACUUAAGCGGAAGGGCUCCAAGACCGACUACACCAAAAUUUCACGUACUUAUCGCAGUAUUAUAAGAGCCUGUUUGGAGAAAUUACAGGAUGCUGCUGUUCUGGCCGAUGAAGAUACCGCUGAAAAGGAAAUGUAUCAGCAGUAUAUAUCCAUAUUUUAUUCCAUCGAAUGUGUUUGGCAUCUAAGUGAAAUAUUGUUCUUGGAUCAAACUCCUUCGAAUGUGGUGGUGCCACAAUUAUUGGAAUGGGUACGUUUUCAUUUUCCCGCCUCGGAACGUAUGGCCACUGAUUUGCUGUUGAUGGGUCGUGAUGCCAGCGAUAGUGAGGAGUAUUGGCCUGCUUUAAAAGGUUUGGUGCUGCAAGGACAAGUGGAUGUGGCACGAGCACUUUUGCAAUUACAUCCGCAGACGGAAAGUGCCGCAUUUAAGAUGACCGAGCAGAUACUGAAGGCAAUGCCAACAUUUAAUGUAUAUGGUGGCUUCUCAAUACAAAAAUUCCGUUCCCAAUGGCAAUAUUGGAUAACCGACACCGAACGUAAGCUUACCGCCAAUAUUUUAUCAAUUGAACCUUCUUUGGAGGAACUUGUACAACUUAUCAUUGGCGAUACUCAAACAUGGAAUACACAUAUACACAACUCCGACUAUUGGUAUGAGUACCUGCCGGGCUAUUUAUUUUAUACCAAUCCGGCGUGUAAACAUUUUGAAUUGGGAACAGCAGCCAAUUCAUGGCUAGAUCGUUGGGCCCGCAUGAAGACACAACAGGGAAAGGAGCCACAAUUGAAACAUUUGGAUAAGGUUAUAUUGAGUUUGAUGGAGAAUGAUAUGCAUCAGGUGAUACAUGCCAUUCAACUUAUGGCCGAUAAUCAAUGGUUUGUAACACAUCUAACAGAUUUGCUGUACAAUUGUGGGCAGCUGCAAGUGGUGGGAGAACAUCAAAUGAAUGACUGUAUAAAACUUAGAGAUUCCUUGCUUUAUGAAUUUGGCAGUAAUCUUAUGACUCGCAGUUCUUUAUGGCAACUGGGCAUGGAUUACCUACAAUACUGUUCAGAAGAAGGAGUUGCUGCCUUGGAAUUGUGCUUAACAAAAAUUCCCAUUAAAACUGAACGCCAAGCUAUUAAAAUUUUAGAAAUCUGCAAUAAAAUGGGUUUUUAUAAUGCAGAACAAGAAAUCUGCAAAGUACAAGCAAAACAGUCUUUAGAUGAGGAACGCUAUGGCAAUGCAUUGGAAUGGGCAAUACGUUCAAAGGAUACAAUUUAUGUAACCUCUAUAGCAGAUUUCCUUCUAAAGCAUUAUUCGAAAACUGGUGACAUGCUGUGUCCGGAUAUUAUUGCCAAUAUUGGUGCCAAAAUGUUUAUCUCACCAAGAUUGGUAUUCUUAGUAAAAUAUUUUGAUUUCUACCAAUUCUAUAGGAAACGAGAUUUUCUGCCAGCCGCCGAACUGCUUGUGAACUUAUUGGAUUCCAAAAUAACGCCAGAAUAUUUUUGGCCAUCACUGCUGAUAGACACCAUUCCCCUUUUGGAAUCUAAAGACCCCAAAAUUCUAUCCAAAGAAACUUGUGCCAUUCUUCAUCAUUUAGAAUCCGAGCUUGUGCCGCUGAUUGAAAAGAAAAAGAAACGUUUGCAAAAGUUUCCGGAUGAACCCGUCAACAUUUUAAAAGAUUAUCGCAUUGAGAAUAUUGAGGAAAUUAUAAAUCUGCUGCGCUUGGCUUGCGCCCGAAAUCUAUCGCGGGCGAUUAUAAUUGAAAAUACCAUGAUGGGUUAAAUAUCUAGAUGACAUUUUUAUCAUAAGUUUUUUUUUAUUAAUUUAUACUUUAGGUAUUCAUUCUUUUUUUUAAUAAUGAUGUAUUUGUUUGUUUUUCAUUAAAUUCUCCUUUUUGGGCUAAUAAAUUGUCACAAAAUGUUUACAAUGUACUUGUGUGUGUCUGUGUUAUUUCCUGGUGUACACAUACAUUUAUAAUUUUCUUUUUGAAAAACAAAGAGGAUAUUAUCAGAGAAUACACUGGCGUUCAAAACUCAUUACACAUUUUAUGAUCAUUUUUGUAGUACAAGGUUGAUUUUAUUUUUUUCUUUAGUCAAC